AUGGUGAGAGUAACUGGCGAUGUAUCCAAUGGGCCAAAAGACAGCAAAGAAUUCAUUAUCUGUGGGCUGUGUGUUUUCCAAAUAAGAUCAUAUUCAAUAAUCUCCUCGUGGUUCACGAACUCUUCGCGUAAAUGUCUAUUUCUCAUAAAAUUUUCCGCUCAGCAAAUUGGCGAUUUUAAUUUAAAAUUAUCUAGUAAUGUACUCGGAAUUGAAAAUAAAUGCCUUCUAAGUCAAGAUGGAACUUGGCAGUUAAUUGGUCAGAUUGCAGAGAAAAAUAUCUGUGAAGUUGAAAUUGAUGUUACAGUUACAGUUGAUAUAGUAGCCCACGCAGGUUCAUUUGCUGUCCUGUACAAUGAUAAUGAUUUGACAGAUUUUAUGUUAAAAGGUGAAGAUGGCAGUGUGCAAAUGCAUAGGGCAGUGUUAGCUGCAACAAGUCCUGUACUACGUAGAAUGCUUCGAGGAACUUGGAAAGAGACCAGCGAAGGUCAUGUUGAUGUUUCUGGAACCUCCAAAGAGACCUUGCAACAUUUAAAGAAUUAUUUGUACUUGCAUACAGUGCCGGAAGUGGGUUUGGAACAACUUUUGCUUUUAGCUGCUUAUUACAUGGUUUCAGAUUUGGAACGGAAAUGUGUUGACAAAUUAAUGAUUAAAUUGAAAGCUGAAAACACUGUGGAUUUGCUACAAUUCGCAGUUAAACAUAAUAUAACUUCACUUGUACUAUCUAUUCUAGAUUGUGUUGGAUGUGGAGCUGUUAGUGCAAGGGAAAUAAGAGAUUGUGUUAUGAAAACAGAAGAAAUGCCGACGUUGAAAGGUUUUACAGAGCCUGCUUAA